AUGUUUCCAGUCUACGUGCAGCACUAUCACAAGCCGGAGAACGAGUUGGUGCUCGUCCACGUCGUCGAACCACAUAUCUACUCAUCAAACCAAAUGACUUUCAAUUCGGCGAGUGUGAGAGAGAAGAAUGAGGCAGAUGACAAGCAAAUCGUGAAGAACUUGCAGACCAAAUAUGAAGAAAAGAUGAGGAGUAACAGAAUCAGGGGCCGCAUUAAUGUCAUCUACUAUUGCAGGCAGCCGGGUAAAAGUAUAGCCGAAGUUGCAAAGGAUGAGAAGUGUAGUUUGAUAGUGUUGGGACGUCGUUAUCCAUUCAACAGCAAUCCAUCCAACGGAUCUACUGUGGAUUAUUUGGUAAAGAAAACCAAUUAUCCAGUUUCAGUUGUUGUGAAGCCGGAUCCAGUAGAAGAUGACAACAGCUUGACCUCACUGUCCUCAGCUAUUGUUCAGCCUAAAAGAAUGAGCAUCGUAAACAGCCUUGGUAUAAAUUUGCCUAAAAUACGUCGUUUAUCAGCUGUUGAGUCCAAUCACAACAACUUGGAAAUGAUUGAAAGAGGAUUGACUCCUGGCAGUGCCUUCAAGAGCAACAUGCUUGCCAAACAAAACGAACCGGACCGAAAAUACUCAGACCCACUGGACAUUAUGAGAACGAAACUGUUGACCAGUGAAGGAUUUAUCUUGGAUACCGCAAAUUUUGCAACACUCAAAAUUAUUCAUAUUGAUAUUUUCUUGUUGAAGCAGUUGAGCAUUGUAAACAUGACAGCAAACAGAGAUGUAACAGAUAAAAAUAAUCAGUCGAGUUUAACGAAAAUGCAUAAUACAAAAAUCGUCAAAAAUCCUUCAGAUAGAAUAAAAAGGUGUCUCUUUGGUUCGCCGAGUGAUGAAGAUUUAAAUCUUUUGCGGAAACCCAGUGGAGAAAACAGAAGUCGUUCAUUUCCACAGUUAUCAUAUGGAUAUUCAUUCUUAGAUAAUAAAGAGGACCGUUAUACAAUCGUAGAAAAAAUGCGCAACAUUAGUUACCCCCAAAACUGUUAUCUCAGUAGUCCAACAAUUCAAAAAAAUAAACGAAAUUUAGAUUGUUCACAAAAUGAAACUGAACUAAAAAGGUCAAAAAUCAGCUGUACCACAAAUUUAGUGACGGACGAAGAGAUGAAAAAGAAACCAACGGUGUGGAGAUCGCCCAGUAAGUACGGAGCCGAUGUGAAACUCGUGCCAAAACAAUCUUCCUUAGAUCAGUUAGUCAGCGAUCAGAUGUUUAUAUCGACCGAGGAAAUUAUUUUAGGUGACGCGAAUGAUAGAAAAACUCCUGAUCUUGCUGCAUCACGUACGAUAGGUACUGAUACUGUCUAUUCUAAUGUUUCAUUUUCUGAUUUAAGAAGUCCCAAUAAUUUACAACGAAAAAAUCAUCUUCGAAUACCUGUAGAGAGAUUAAUAACCGUUAAAUGUGAUAGCUCAAGGUCGUCGGCUGAGGUACAUUGUUCGAAAACUGCAGACAACUUUGUUGAAAAUGAUGUACGCGAAACGAAAAACUUUGAAGUUUACCAGUCUCAUUCCAGAGAUUUUCAUUUAGACGAAAUAACUACAAAUCCGAACAGAAAAAUUUUCGAAAAAAUUGAAAGUUUAGAUUUUGUUCCAAUUGACAACAGAAUUCAUUUAUGGGACAGCAAGGAUUCCAAUGAAGAUGAUGCCUCCUGGCGAUCAAAUUGA